AUGUAUGUUCCAAAUGCUUUUAUAGAUUUGUCUUUGGAUGAGCAGACUCAAGAACUUCGUGCCUAUUUUAAAAGUUUAGGAGCGGAGAUUUCAGAAGAAAAAUCUCCCAAAGGCAUUGAAGAUGAUCUUCACAAAAUUAUUGGUGUUUGUGAUGCUUGUUUUAAAGAAGGCAACGAAGUAGAAAUUGAAAGUAUACUUAACAGUAUUGUUUCACUGUUAAUAGUAAUUGACGUUGACAGAGCAGAGAAUUUGUUUCUUGCUUUUAGUGAAAAACUUACCAAAGCACCAGGUCAAAAACUUGGAUUGGUUGCACUUAGAGUGCUGUUAUUAUUAUUUCAAUCUUUGGAUGAGAGGCUGCCUAUGAGAUAUCAUGUAUAUUAUCAUCUUGUGCAAAUAGCUAAGCAAGUAGAUCAGGUUCAAGCGAUAUUCAAAGGUGUGGAACAUAUGAAACAACAAUUUGCUGCAUGUCCUCCAUCUAAUGAGCAAAUGCAAAAAUUAUUAAGGCUCUUACAUGAAGUGUUAUUAAGUUGCAAUCAAAGUGAGUUGGCUGCAAAAGUUAUGAUGGAGCUUUUAGGAACCUACACCCAGGAGAAUGCUUCCCAGGCCAGAGAAGAUGCACAGAGAUGCAUAUUAGCAGCUCUCGCAGACCCUAAUACAUUUUUACUGGAUCCGCUUUUGUCUUUAAAACCUGUCAUGUUUUUAGAAGGAGAAUUAAUUCAUGAUUUACUGACAAUUUUUGUAUCUGAAAAACUUCCUGCCUACAUAAAAUUUUAUGAAAAUCACAGAGAAUUCAUUAAUUCACAGAAGUUAAAUCAUGAGCAAAAUUUGAAAAAAAUGAGACUCCUUACGUUUAUGCAAUUGGCUGAAACAAAUUGCGAGAUGACAUUUCAAAUGAUUCAAGAUGAAUUAAAAAUAAAAGAAGACGAAGUAGAAGCAUUUAUUAUUGAUGUUUUAAAAACAAAGUUGGUACGUGCAAGAAUGGAUCAAUCGAGUAGAAAAGUAUUCAUUUCGAGCACCAUGCACAGAACUUUUGAUAGAGCACAGUGGCAACAUUUAAGGGAUUUAUUAUAUGCUUGGAAAGUAAAUUUAACUGCUGUUCAAGAAGGAAUGAAAGCAGUAGCUGCUGCACAUAUGGAAAAAGUUUAA